AUGGCGUCGUCAGCGUCACUCAAGGACCUUUCCAAAACCCUGACGUCCUUCUACGUCUCGCCUUCCCUUCCACUGCCCAACGAAGUCGCCGAGGUCAUCGAUGCCUACCUGAACAAGCACGAGAAGUACGACGAUUCGAGCGCCGAGAGACUCCAGGAUGAACUCCUCAGCAUCUGGGAAAAGCAUGUCAAGGGUGCACCGGCCAAAUAUGCCCCUUACAUCCACAUCUUCCGCCUUCUUGUGCCUGCGAUCCGUACGCCGGCCCGUCUGUUCAAGUGGUGGGACAUUCUGAACGACCCGGUGCUAGAGAACAUUACCCGGGAGAAAGGCUUGAUGGAAGAGUCCCACCAUGCGACGCUAGAGGUUUUGAUGCUAGACACACCGGAAAACGACGACUCACAUACCGAAGCCUUGGUGAACCCGUUUGCGAAACGACUGUUGUUGACGUGGUUGGAAAAAUACUAUAAAAUCCAGUCCGAGACCGACUUGAGCGCGCAAUCCAGCGAGCGCGCAAUACGACAGGCUCUGAUUACAUACGGCAAGAAGAGGCCCAGAGAUUUCCUAUUCACAUUGGAUACGUGCUUCGUGCGGAGUGAAUUCCGAGCGAGAGUCGCCAAGCUCCUUUGCGAAUUCGUCCAAAGUCAGCCACCGCACCUACACCUGAUAUUGCAGACGCCGCUGUUCAACAACUUGUUGCGGUGUUUGCAGCAAGAUACGUCUGCAACUGUCAUUUCCGUGGCCAUCACCGCCCUGAUCAUGAUAUUGCCACAUAUGCCCAGUUCAUUGGUGCCGCAUCUCCCCAGUCUUUUCAACAUUUAUGCACGGUUGCUAUUCUGGGAUAGCGAACGGACUGGUAUUGUUGAGGCCACAUCGGAUGAAAACGAGCAAAAGAGUCUGGCAUCACCAUCGGGAUGGGAGACCUGCCCUUACUCUCCGGAGACUGACGACGUCGAAGUCCCUCAUUUGGCCAACUACUUCACAAUCCUCUACGGCUUGUACCCCAUCAAUUUCAUGGACUACAUCCGGAAACCGCAGCGGUACCUCCGACACGCAAAUGCAGCCAAUCCAGACGAGCUUGAAGUCCAGCCAACCGAGAUACGGCACAAGUCCGAGCGCUACAGACAAAGCCAUCUUUUGCAUCCAAAUUUCUACACUCUUACGAUCGAGUCUGAAAAGACCGAUUUCGGGCGUUGGAUGACUAGUGAGCCUGCAGAAGUCGUGGCCGAAUGUAUGGCGCUGCGCUUCUCCCCGGAGACAUUUGCGACCGUUGAUCCGGGCAAUACCCAGACCGCCGAAGGAGACAACUUCCUGCUUAGUGACGAAUCAGACCGGGAUGGUCUUGGGCCCGCCCUGCUCAGCGGCUCCGGGUCGGAACCUGGGGCGGAGAGCUGGAGGAACACGGAACAGGAUUCGCGGGCGAGCAGUCGUGUUCACUCGACCAGUCAAGGACAGAGCUCGUUAUCCAGCCAACCUUCGCAUAGGAACUCACUCGAAGUCCCAAAGGCGGAUGUGAUCGCCGAUAGUCCGACACUUCCCCCACAGCUCAUACCGUCGCCCUCCCACACACAGUUGCAAGAUAUGUUGCACUCGAACAAGGUCAUCAAGUCGGGACUGCAUCAGUCACUGGCGAACGACAGUGUGCCGUCACUCGCAUUGAGCCACCAAGAAUCCGCGGCAGAGAAGUCUGGCAGCCACAUGCCCCCUCCCCUGCCGGCCAUCUCUGCACCAACUUCUGUGUCUGAUGGUCAGUCUCAGAUUGCGCAUUUGCAGCGACAGAUACUUCUUUUGCAUAACGACCUGAACUUUGAGAGGUAUCUGAAGCAGCAGCACAUGGCGCAUAUUGGCGAGCUGCGAAGGAGACAGGUUCGAGAAGCCGCGAGUGAGGCUGAAACUCAGAAUCUCAUUUUAACCAACCGAACAUUGAGGAAGCGGUUGGAAGACUCAAAAAAGGCCGAAAUGCAAAUCAGAAAGGAGUCGGAGAAGAGCCGUACUCUAGCCAAGAAGUGGGAGUCUGAUUUGUCCGCGAAACUAAGAACUCUGCGCGAGGAGUCAAGGAAGACCAAGACGGAAAUCCAGUCGUUGCAGCAGGAGCUACAGGGUGCAAGAGAAGAGUCCGAGAAAUUGAAGAAGCUGGUUUGCGAUGCCGAGGUUAAGGAGCUCAAUUCGAAGCAGACAAUGCAGUCCAUCGAGAUCAAUGCCGCCGAGAACGACCGGCUGAAGGCCGAUGUGGAGCGGCUGUCCAUCUCGGAGAGGAAUCUCCAAGCCAAGGAGGCGGAGAGACAGGCGGCAAUCACGACUGCGGCGGAAGCAGAAAACCGGGCAGAGAUGCUUGGGCUGAAACUCGAGGCGCGCGAGGAGGAGCUCCAAAAGACUAAGAAGCUUUUCCAGACCCAGAUUGGUGUGUUGAACGCCAAGCUUCUGGAGGCACACGAGGGCAUCUACAGCAGACGAACCGCCGAGACCAAGGCUGCGGUCGAGAGUGCGCUGGCGGCGAGCCGGGCGAAGCAGGCUGAGCUGCAGAAGCAGUACACGAAUCUGAUGAGGAAGUACACAGUGCUCCAGUCGCAGGUCGAGGAGAACAGGUUCUCGGUCGGAUCUUCCAACUCUCAUGGUCGAGGCGAGUUCGUCUUCCGCAUGGAAGGGGACAGGGAGGGCUCGAUGCACUCAACCAGCCCCGUCACGACGCGAGGCAGCCAUUCGGGUCUGCACAGGGUCCUGUCCGACCACGACUUCCUCAACCCGACGUCGUACAAUCCGACGCCGCCCAUCAUGUCCAAGCCGCCGACCCCGGUGCCUGCGGGCUCGUCGCACCUUCCGCCAGUGGCGUCCAGCCCGUCAGAAGUUGAAGACGGCGCAGCCGCCAGCCUGACGUCGACGGCGGCGGCGGAUCCAAAAUAUUUCGGCAGAGGUGAGUCUGGAACGGCCCGGAUUCGGUUCCGCGAUGGGUUUUGGCGGAUCAACUAA